GUACUUGAUCAUGGGCAAUACCAACAGCUCUGCCGUCCAGAAAUGUCUGGAGUCGGCUGUGGGAGCAAAGAACUUUGCUUCUUCAUCGACCGCCGCAUACCAGCUUGCCCACGUCAAGCCAUACAAUCUGGAUAUCCCCGUCAAUCCUGCUGCAGUCACCUACCCAUCCACCUCGGAGCAGGUAGCUGCGGUCGUCAAAUGCGCCGUCGAUAACAAUCUCAAAGUCCAACCUCGCUGUGGCGGUCAUUCGUACGCAAACUAUGGCAUCGGCGGCUCUGACAACGCCAUCGUCGUCGAUCUCAAAAACUUCCAGCAAUUCUCCAUGGACAACACAACCUGGCAAGCAACCAUCGGCGGCGGCACUCUUCUCGGCGACGUGACCAAGCGCCUCCACGAGAACGGCAAACGCGCAAUGGCCCACGGAACUUGCCCUCAAGUCGGCAUCGGCGGCCACGCCACCAUCGGCGGUCUAGGUCCCUCCUCACGCAUGUGGGGCUCGGCCCUCGAUCACGUUGAAGAAGUCGAAGUCGUCCUCGCGAAUUCCUCGGUCGUGCGCGCUUCCGAGUCGCAGAACGCGGAUGUCUUCUGGGCUCUCAAAGGCGCGGGCGCGAGUUUCGGCAUCAUCACCGAGUUCAAAGUCCGCACGCAGGCGGAGCCCGAACAGUCGACUCUCUACACAUAUACCAUCAAUGCUGGAAAUGCGGCCGCGAAAGCGAAUGCGUUCAAGCAGUGGCAAAAGCUCAUCUCGGACCCGGAUCUAUCCCGGAAAUUCGCGACGCAGUUCAUCAUGACCGAGCUAGGUCUCAUCAUAACCGGGACCUACUUCGGCCCCAAAUCCGAGUUCGACAGCCUGGACAUCUCGUCCCGCUUACCGCAGAAAUCCGAGUCCGUCAUCGUGCUGGACGAUUGGCUAGGCGUUGUGGGACACUGGGCCGAAGACACGGCGCUCGAGCUCGUCGGGGGGAUCCAAUCAAACUUCUACGCCAAAUCCGCAGCAUACACCAAAGACGACCUCCUUUCCGAUGAAACAGUCGAUAAACUGUUCAAGUAUGUCGACGAAGUGGAUAAAGGCACCCCGGUGUGGUUCCUUAUCUGGGAUUUGGAAGGCGGCAAGAUCAACGACUACGCUCCGGACGCUACGGCCUACGGCCACCGCGACGCGCUGUUCUACCACCAAGCGUAUGCGGUCAAUCUGUUUGGUCGUGUCGAUGACAAGAUCCGGAAUUUUCUGACUGGCUUGAACAAGAUUGUUACGGAUGGUGUGGGUAAAGAGCUGGGUGCUUAUGCGGGCUACGUCGAUCGUGCGUUGGGUGAGCAGGGCCCCAGUAUGUAUUGGAAUGACAAUCUGCCCAAGUUGCAGAGGAUCAAGAAGGAGGUUGAUCCGAAGGAGGUGUUUUCGAAUCCGCAGAGUGUCAAGGCUGCGGCUUAG